AUGACGACCCCCGCGAACGCCAACGAGCAGUGCGUGGGCCCGCAGUCCGAGCAGGCGGGCAAGGCCGACGGCUGCGCCGGCUGCCCCAACCAGAGCCUGUGCGCGUCGGGCGCGGCGCGGCAGCCGGACCCGGCCGUGUCGGACGUCAGGCAGCGCCUGGCGGGCGUCAAGCACAAGCUGCUGGUGCUCUCGGGCAAGGGCGGCGUGGGCAAGAGCACGGUGGCGUGCCAGCUGGCCUUCGCGCUGGCCGGCCGCGGCUUCCAGGUGGGUCUGCUGGACGUGGACAUCACGGGCCCGAGCGUGCCGCGCAUGCUGGGGCUGCUGGGCCAGGAGGUGCACCAAAGCGCGGCCGGCUGGUCGCCCGUGUACGUGGACGACAACCUGGGCGUCAUGUCCAUUGGCUUCAUGCUGCCCAACGCGGACGACGCCAUCAUCUGGCGCGGCCCCAAGAAGAGCGGCAUCAUCAAGCAGUUCCUCGUGGACGUGCAGUGGGGGGAGCUCGACUACCUCAUCAUCGACACGCCGCCCGGCACGUCGGACGAGCACAUCAGCAUCGUGCAGUACAUGAAGGAGGCGGACCUGGACGGCGCCGUCGUGGUCACCACCCCGCAGGAGGUCGCGCUCAGCGACGUGCGCAAGGAGCUCAACUUCUGCCGCAAGACCAACAUCAACGUGCUGGGCGUCGUCGAGAACAUGAGCGGCGUGCAGCGUCCGCUCAGCGACGUCAAGUUCGUCGGCGCCGACGGCGACGACCAGACGGCGGCCUUCAUGAAGCUGCUGCAAGAGAAGGCGCCCGAGCUGCUGCAGCACUCGGUGCAGAUGGAGGUGUUCCCCGCGGCCAGCGGCGGUGGUGAGGCUAUGGCCAAGAAGUUCAACGUGCCGUUCCUCGGCCGGCUGCCGCUCGACAACAAGAUGACGGGCGCGUGCGAAGAGGGCGUCUCGUUCCUGGAGGAGUACCCGGACUCGGUCGCGGCCCCGGCCUUCAGCAAAAUCGUCCAAGGUGAGGAGUGGUGUUGUGGAUUUGGAUGUGCUGUGGUUGAUUGA